AUGGGGAAACCAAUUUGGCUUCUUACAUGUGUCAUGCCCAAGUCGACUAAAAUCUCAAACCCACUUGACUUUGUUUGGGAAGCACAAAAAAUAAUCAAGAAAAAGAGAAGUUCUGCCGCUGGCUACCUCACUAGCUGGCUGUUGGAUGUUUUAAAGAAAUUUAGAGGCCCUGAGGGAGCAGCUAGAUACAUCCAUGGGACACUCAAGAACUCGAGCAUGACAAUCUCAAAUAUGAUUGGGCCAGUUGAACAAAUGGCUUUGGCCAAUCAGCCCGUUUGUGGCUUCUACUAUAUGGUGGUCGGUCCACCUCAGUGUCUUACUAUAACGGCCCUUAGUUAUAUGGGAAAGCUGAGAGUUGCAUUCGGAGCUGAAAAAGGCUUCAUAGAUUCCCACAAAUUGAAGGCGUCCAUGCAAAAUGCCUUUGGGGUAAUACUCGAAGCCUCUUACCAAAUUCCUCCUGCAAAGGCAGCGUAG